AUGCCCAGAUAUAUAACUGGUAGUUAUAUUAGUACAUUUAGUGCUAAUGAGCCACAGGGAAGUAGAUUAUUUGGUGAAGGAGGAUAUUAUAAUGAAGAUGAAACUUCAUCAAGGAUGUAUAAAAUGAAAAGAUGUUUAUGGAAGGUAUGUUCUAGUAAUAUAAUGUGUGUUCUAGGUUAUAUAGCAGGGAUUAUUCUUAUGAUAGUACUGAUUGGAGUAUUUUUCUACCUAAAUAGAAUCAAAACCCCAAAUACCGUUAUAAAUGGACUUAGUGAGAAAUUAGACUUCUUGGGUUAA